CCACUCGCCCUCGUCAUCAUCUGCACGCACGGCGGCGACAGGAGCUCCGGAGUCUGCAGGGACGGGUCUCCCACCGCUAUUCCCCCCCGAUGCGAGGAAAAAACACCCGCCGAGGGUAGCGACGCGUCCGCGAAUUUCCCCGCUCACGUCCCGCUGGAAACUCCGAUGGAUUAGCGUGGUUUCCCUGCGAGAGGAGAGAAUGGGCUGCGUCCAAUGUAAGGAUAAAGAAGCAGCGAAACUCACCGACGAGCGGGAGACCAGCCUCUCGCACAACUCGGGCUACCGCUAUGGCUCGGACCCGACGCCGCAGCACUACCCCAGCUUCGGCGUCACCACCAUCCCCAACUACAACAACUUCCACAGCGCCGCCUCGCAGGGCGUGACCGUGUUCGGAGGGGUCCACACGUCCUCGCAGUCCGGGACGCUGCGCUCGCGCGGAGGAACGGGAGUGACUCUGUUCGUGGCCCUGUAUGACUACGAAGCCAGGACGGAGGAUGACCUCAGCUUCAGAAAGGGGGAGCGGUUCCAGAUCCUCAACAGCACCGAGGGAGACUGGUGGGAGGCUCGCUCCCUCACUACAGGUGGAACUGGUUACAUUCCCAGCAAUUACGUAGCUCCGGUGGACUCGAUCCAAGCUGAGGACUGGUAUUUUGGUAAAUUAGGUCGAAAGGAUGCAGAGAGGCAACUGCUCUCCAACGGCAACGCCAGAGGCACUUUCCUCAUCCGUGAGAGCGAAACGACCAAAGGGGCCUACUCCCUCUCCAUCCAGGACUGGGACGAAAUCAAGGGCGAUCAUGUCAAACACUAUAAGAUUCGCAAGCUGGACAGCGGGGGCUACUACAUCACCACCCGAGCCCAGUUCGAAACGCUGCAGCAGCUGGUGCAGCACUACUCAGCCAGGGCCGCGGGGCUGUGCUGCCGCCUCAUCGUGCCGUGCCACAAGGGCAUGCCCCGCCUGACCGACCUGUCCGUCAAAACCAAAGACGUGUGGGAGAUCCCGCGGGAGUCGCUGCAGCUCAUCAAGCGCCUGGGCAACGGCCAGUUCGGGGAGGUCUGGAUGGGCACGUGGAACGGGACCACCAAGGUGGCGGUGAAGACGCUGAAGCCCGGCACCAUGUCGCCGGAGUCCUUCCUGGAGGAGGCCCAGAUCAUGAAGAAGCUGCGGCACGACAAGCUGGUGCAGCUCUACGCGGUGGUGUCCGAGGAGCCCAUCUACAUCGUCACCGAGUACAUGAGCAAAGGGAGCUUGCUGGACUUCCUGAAGGACGGAGAAGGACGGAGCCUCAAGCUGCCAAACCUGGUGGACAUGGCUGCUCAGGUGGCCGCAGGGAUGGCGUACAUCGAGAGGAUGAACUACAUCCACAGAGACCUGCGCUCCGCCAACAUCCUCGUCGGCGACAGCCUGGUGUGUAAGAUCGCUGACUUUGGCCUGGCCCGGCUCAUCGAGGACAAUGAAUACACUGCGAGACAAGGCGCGAAGUUCCCCAUCAAGUGGACCGCCCCUGAAGCGGCCCUCUACGGGAAGUUCACCAUCAAGUCGGACGUGUGGUCCUUUGGCAUCCUGCUGACGGAGCUGGUGACCAAGGGCCGAGUGCCGUAUCCAGGCAUGAACAAUCGGGAGGUGCUGGAGCAGGUGGAGCGAGGCUACCGCAUGCCGUGUCCGCAGGACUGCCCCUCGUCGCUGCACGAGCUGAUGGUGCAGUGCUGGAAGAAGGACCCGGAGGAGAGGCCCACCUUCGAGUACCUGCAGGCCUUUUUGGAGGACUACUUCACUGCCACGGAGCCUCAGUAUCAGCCGGGGGACAACCUCUGAGCGCCUCUCACGUCAUGUCGCUAGCUGUCCAGCAGAGGGAGCCAGACUAGCUUUUUUUUUUUUUUUUCCUCUCAUCCUGUGACUGUAACGACCUUAACAGCUCAUCGACCGACUUCUUGACUUCCAGGCGUCACGCGAUCGGGACCCGGAGGCUGCUCUGUCAGCAAAAUGACUAUCAAAUACAAGAAUGUUUUUGCAGCAGAGGGGGCGCACGAGACGUCGUGAGUUACAAAUGACUGCCAUGAAAACCCAGAUGAGUUGUGUACUUUGUAUGUAGUGUAAAUACCAAGUGCUUGUUUACUGAUCUCUUGUUUCCUCUUGGUUUUGUUUGUUUCCUUUUCUAUUACUUUUGAUAUUUUGGAAGUGUGUGGAUCUUUUUUUUUUUUUUUUUUUUUUUAAUUGGAGGUUAAAGUUCUUUCAGAUGUAUGGCUAGUAGAGAGACGUGUGAUGCUCACAGUCGGUAACAAAUCGUGACAUUAAUUUUAGGAAUGGUGAUAGUUAGACGUUGUGGACUGAUGUCUCAGAGUUUUUUCUGGGAGUCCAUUUACCUUUUUUACAAGGUUACUAUACUGCUCUUCUCUCCUCAAGGAACCUAGAUGUACUAUAACACCUGUUCCUGCCUUUUUAUGUUUAGUAAUAUUCUUAUAAUGCAAGGGAAUGCCUUCAUGCUUUCCACACACUAACUAAUGCAUCAUGGACUUUUCCACUUAAGCUUGUACUGCGUCCGCGCUGGCGCCAAGUGCGCGUUGCAUUUCAGCUUCGGCCAAUGAUUUUUAGGACGACGUAGCGUAACGUUUAGUUCGGCUUCUUAUAAUUGAAAACGAGGGCUGACCUCCGCUCCAGCUGUGACCAUUCUUAGGCUGACUGCUUUAUUAUAUAGGAUAGUUUAACAUGUAUGUUGCAUUAUUGUACGGCGGCAGGCUGUGAACGCUGCAUCGUCUAUUUGCUUCAGCGGCCAAACGAACGAACCAAUUUCCAUGUCGAGAAUGAAGGAUGCCUGUGUUUGUUCCUCAUUGUGUGUGUUGGGAAAUAACAUGUUUCUGUCUGGACAUGUUGGUUUUACCUGAGUCCCCACCACUUCAGCCAGUCUUGUGUAUCUCUGAGAUUACAUGGUCAUGUGAUUAUUAUUAUUAUUAUUAUUAUUAUUAUUAUUAUUAUUAUUAUUAUUAUUUGUAUCAUUAUUAUUAUUAUUAUUAUUAUUAUUAUUAUUAUUAUUAUUAUUAUUAUUUGAUUGUUCUUGUUUCAGCUUUUUUCAUUUGGGUGAGAGUUUAAACUGAAAUGAUUCUUUGUGUAUUUAUGUUGAUCUGCGUUGGUGGGAAAGUGAACCAAAACUAGAUUUUGCAUCACUAGACUCGCCCCAGUUUAGUACAUAUACAGUCCCGCGCAUUAUUUAUUGUUUCUGUCUGUUACUUGUACAUAGCUGGUUUUGAAAUAAACAAUCUUGCCAUCA